AUGACGGGGAAGAGGUUGGGGGAACCUAGGGAGAGGUACAAUGUGCCUCAUCACAUAGAGAUGUUGGUCCCCGAACCGAACGAGCGAGCCUGCUAUCCGAGGCCCGGCUGCGUUGCCGUGAGUGAAUAUCUGUUCAAAACAAGUAUGCGUCUUCCUUUGCACCCCUUUUUUAGGGCGGUGCUUAGGAAAUUCAUGCUGUCGCCGACCCAGGUUCUACCGAAUGGUGCCGACCCAGUACUACGAAGCCGUGAGUCUCCCGACCUCUGCUUGUGUUUUGAAAUCAGAGUAUUUACUCGUCUAACUGUUGAAGAUAAAUUCAAGAAGAGGGAGUACCCAGCUCCAGACAUGGCCUCCAUCUUGAAGGCCACUUCUACUGCAAAGGCGAGGCCCCUGAAGCCCGGGUCCAGUGGAGCAAAGGAAGUUCGAGGCAGGGUUGAGCGCCUGUCGAAGGACUGUACUCCUAGGGCCUCGGAGGAGGCAUCUACUCAGAGGCCAGAGAAGCCUAAGGAGCCUCGGGGCAAGGAGAAAGUCUCUGAGGAGACUAAGAAGAGGAAGCUGGUGCACAUCUCCAGCUCAGCUAGCAAGUUCGGGACUUCAGUGUCCCAUAGGGCAGAACAGACCGGUGAGCUAAAGCUCCUUGCUGCAGCCUCUAAGGCCAUCAAAAUGGAGAUGGUAAGAGAGGUGGAAGCUAAAGAGGCCAGAGAAGAGGCUGCAAGGCGAGUUGCAGAAGCCACCGAAGAGGAGGCGGCGAAGGAGAAGCCGGCUCUCCCUGAGGAAAUUAGAGGUGCCACCGAGAGCUUUUAUAAGUUCUCGACGGAGAGGUGGCAGCUUCAUGCCUCGUCUUGUGAUGCCACCGACCUCAUAAGGGCACUGGUGAGCCAAAGCGCCCGGACCUUUGGCCUCGCGCUCGAAUGCAGGGAGGCAUUAAGUGAAUUUCAGACAAGGACUCACGCCUCAGAGGGGAAGGCUGCCUCCCUUGCAGGGGAGGUCAAAGUUGCUAAGGCCGAGGCCGAAGAAGCUAAAGCACAGAGGGUAGAAGAAGCGGCGAAGCUCGAGUCUACUUUGGCCCAAAUCGAGGCCCUUAAGAGGGAAGUAUAUGAGUCACAGUGCAAGGUGGCCUCCUUGACAAAGAAGGUGGAGGCGAAUCUCGCCUUAGCCGGCGCUCGUGAUGCCAAUCAGUUUCUCGAAGGCCAGGCGAAGUGGUAUAUGAACGACGCCUCGGUUGCCAGAGAAGAGGCCCGAACUGCAGCGGAAGAGGCGGUGAAGGCAUACAUCGCCAAUUUCCAUACUACAGAGGAGUAUAAAAGCUUCAGCACGUGCUGGAGGAACUUCGCCUAUGCCGAAGUGCUGGAGAGGGCAGAGGAGCUUUAUCCCAACUUGGACCUGGCACAACUUAGGUCCGAAUUUGUGGAUGAGGUUCCUCAAACCCUAGCUGAGGAGGUGCAGGGUGACGAGGCAGCUGAUGCCGAAGCCCCAAAUGUUGAGGCAGGGGAAACAACUACUGAUGCCCAGGUUGCCGAACCCCCCAGUGCUAAGGCGCCUCCUUCAUCUAGCCAGGCUUAG